AUGACCACCAAGGAAUGCCUACCCUGUGUUUUAUGCUGUACAGAUGAUUGGAAAAUUGCCAAGAGAUGCAGAGGUGAUGAAGGUGAAAUUGCAAAGAAAUGCAAAUUUCAAAUUUCUUGGACCAAGGCGUGUUUUUCCUUAUUGGUGUCAUCCACUAUCGGUGAUGUAUCCAAGCCAAUAGAACACCAUUCAUCUGUGGUUGUUGUAACACCUUCAUCCCUUAUGAAACAGUCUUCCUUACACCCAACUGCCACAUCUUUACUGGAGAGGAUGACUGUGUCAAAAACAGUGCAGAUUAAGGCUACAUCCUUAAGCACUCCAGGACAUUCUAGAGAUAUUUCCCAUCAUAGUGUCAUAGUGACUAUUUUAGUUUCCUUAUUCAUAUUUAUUGUUUUGGGGAUGUUUGUCCUGAUUGUGGGCUGUGUAGUUAAGUAUUUUUUCAAAAAGUACAAGUCAAAGAAAGCAGUCGGAGCCAGCCAAAAUGAUAUGGAAGAAGGCACAGAAAAUGAUGAGAGAGAAUCUAGCCUGACUGGUAGUGUCAUUAUACCACUGCUGCCGGGCACUGAAGACCCAUAUGAAAUACCAUCAGUACCCUUGGAAAAUGAUAAAACAGGUGAAACUACAGAUUUUUCCAAAAAUCUGCCAUCUAGUGCCGAUCAAGAAGGGCAAGGAGUCAAUGUACAGAUAGACAAAGGAAUUCCAACAUCCCUUGACAUUGAACCAAGAAGUAAAGGUAAGGCAUAG